AUGAAUAGAGUACUUAGUUUCAUCCUACCUAUUUUACUUGUCUUCAGCACGGUGUUAUCAUCUGAUUUACCAAAUGACUCUGUGAAUACCAGUAAUUCCGAUCCAAGUCGUCAUUCAAAUAACUGGGCCGUCUUGGUAUCAACAUCGAGGUUUUGGUUCAAUUAUCGUCAUAUGGCCAACACAUUAAGUUUAUACCGUACUGUGAAAAGACUAGGGAUCCCUGAUUCUCAAAUCAUUCUUAUGUUAUCGGAUGAUAUUGCUUGCAAUCCCAGAAAUGCAUUCCCCGGGUCAGUUUUCAAUAAUAUGGAUGAAGCUAUUGAUUUAUAUGGUGAAUCAAUAGAAGUAGAUUAUCGAGGAUAUGAAGUCACGGUUGAAAAUUUUAUGCGGUUAUUAACUGAUAAAUGGGAUUCAGAUCAACCUAGAUCAAAGAGAUUAUUGACUGAUGAAAAUUCCAAUAUUUUUAUUUAUUUAACAGGUCAUGGAGGUAAUGAAUUUUUGAAGUUUCAAGAUGCUGAAGAAAUUAGUGCUUAUGAUCUUGCUGAUGCAUUUUCUCAAAUGUAUGAUCAAAAAAGGUAUAAUGAAAUAUUUUUCAUGAUUGAUACUUGCCAAGCUAAUACCAUGUAUGAAAAAAUCCAUUCUCCAAAUAUAUUAGCCGUUGGUUCGUCAGAAAUAGAUGAAUCAUCCUAUUCGCAUCAUUCCGAUAUGGAUAUUGGGGUGGCAGUGAUUGACAGAUUUACUUAUUAUACCUUGGAUUUUCUUGAAAAAAUCGAUAGAGAUUCAAAGGAGACCAUGGAUAAAUUGUUUGCUGAAUAUACUUUUGAAAAUGUUCAUUCUCAUCCAGGUAUCAGAACUGAUUUAUUCAAACGUAAUGUCAGUGAAGUUUUAUUAACCGAUUUCUUUGGUAAUGUUCAGAAUGUUGUAGUUGAUGAUGUCAAUACCGAGUUAUUACAAGAUGAAAAAGUGUCGGAAUCAAACGAGGACAACAAUCAAACUAAAAAUAUUAUUAAAGAAAGAGGUGCAACACAGUUCAGUUUUGAGUGUGACGAAAAUUCAAAGUCAUUAAUUAAAGUCCCUCAAUUACAUGCUAGAAUUUUUGGAGUGGUAACUGUUGGUGUUAUUGUUGCUUUAUGGUUCAUAUCUUCAAAGUUCUAA